UGCGGUGCAGUCUCCUUCAGCUCGCCCUCCAACCGGUGACGCCUCCUUCGGCCGUGCGGUGUGAGGAACAUCUCUUUUAAAGUCACUUUUAGUAUCCUGCUAGCUCCAUCUUCUACCGAAAUAAUGGCUGUGCCUCCCUCAUAUGGUGAUCUGGGCAAGUCUGCCAAGGACAUCUUCAACAAAGGCUAUGGAUUUGGCUUGGUGAAGCUUGAUGUCAAGACAAAGUCAGACAGUGGAGUGGAAUUCAAAACAUCUGGUUCCUCCAACACUGAUACCAGCAAAGUUGCAGGCAGCCUGGAAACUAAAUACAAGAGGUCAGAAUAUGGCCUGACCUUCACUGAGAAGUGGAACACCGACAACACCCUGGGAACAGAAAUCACAGUUGAAGAUCAGAUUGCCAAGGGACUGAAGUUGACUUUUGAUACAACCUUCUCACCAAACACUGGCAAGAAGAGUGGCAAAGUUAAGACCGCCUACAAACGUGAGUUCGUCAACUUGGGCUGUGAUGUCGACUUUGACUUCGCUGGCCCCACCAUCCACGGAGCUGCCGUUGUUGGCUACGAGGGAUGGCUCGCUGGUUACCAGAUGACCUUUGACACUGCCAAAUCCAAGAUGACCCAGAACAACUUUGCUAUUGGCUACAAGACAGGAGACUUCCAGUUGCAUACCAAUGUCAAUGAUGGAUCUGAGUUUGGAGGCUCCAUUUACCAGAAGGUGAGCGACAAGCUGGAGACAGCAGUCAACCUGGCAUGGACCGCUGGUAGCAACAGCACACGCUUCGGCAUUGCAGCCAAAUACCAGCUGGACAAGGACGCCUCCGUCAGUGCUAAAGUGAACAACAAUAGCCUUGUUGGUGUUGGAUACACCCAGACUCUUAGACCAGGUGUGAAACUCACCCUGUCUGGCCUGGUCGACGGCAAGAACAUCAACGCUGGAGGCCACAAGCUGGGUCUGGGUUUGGAACUGGAAGCCUAAGUUUUCGUCAUACUGCAAGGGACUAGGGAAUAUCAGAAGAAUCUGGCCUUAAAUGUAUUUCCAACCAGCAAGGGGAUAUCUUGGAGAGAUUGGUUCAAAGGCUACAACAACAAACUGAGCACCACUUUAAGCUGGUGUGUUUGUCAUUGGUACAUUUUACCUCUGUUGCUUUUUACUUUGUAGUUGCAUCUGUUCAGGAGUCAGUUGUUGGCAUAUUAUUUAUAAAUUAUGUCAUUGUUCCUGUCCAGCACUGCCAUAAUAAUGAAAUCAAUACAAUCCCAUUGCCUGUCACCAACUCUGUGUGGCUUUUUUGUGAUAAUCCAAGACACUCCCGUUUUGUUUUGUUUCAUCAGUUACGGUUUUGUGUGGUGAGCGUGGUCAUACCUUCUCUCUGACUUUACAAUCACUGAUCAUCUGAUAUUCCUUUGUCAUCCAAACAGUUUUUAUUUACAAACCUCAUUAAGUACACUAGACUACUUCUGCUAUUAUUUAAAUACUGCUGCAACCUUCCUGUUCAUGCACACAAGGACAAGCUAAAGCUCUGUAUGUUUUGUUUUGUGUCGGCCAUCAGGGUUUGUGAUGUUCUGUUAAAGAUGUACACGUGACCUUCCCUUAAACUGGGCAGUUUUUGGGUAGCUUAAAGUUGGGUCUGUAAGUUUGAGAGGAACCCUUAUACCUGGCCGACCAAGCAGAAUUAGUUUUUGUUCAUUCUGUACUAACAGACAACUGGGGGGCACAUAAUUAUUGUUCACAGAAAUGCCAAACGAUCAUGUCCGGAAGAAGUGUAACUAAAAGUUACAUGUGUGCACUCUCAAAAGUGCUUCCCUGUACUGGGCAGAGACAGAGUCCACAGGAAGUUUUGGAGGUCCUUAAUGUGUAUGUAUAAAUUUUCAAUAAAGUCUUUGAACUCCA